AUGCCUUGUGGCGGCAUGGGCCCUCGGAAGAAGAGCGACGACGGAGACGACGGGACGACCCGCCAUAAGAAGCCCAACAACUUUUGGGCGCCCUUCAACACGUGGUGGAGGGAUCAUCAUGAACGCACCGGCAGCCGGGCGACCGUGCUCGAGAUGCGCGAGUGGUACGCCCAAAACGCCCAUUUGGUGUGGCCACCCGAGGCGAUGCCGACCGUUGAGGACAUGCUAAAGAUCGCCAAGGGACUGAGGACCAUCAAACAAGUCCAGGCUUACUUUCGCUCUUACAGGAAAAACUUAAAGACGCGCAAGGAGGGCGAGCCAGGGAGUCCCGAGGCAGGCUGCCGACGAGCAGCUCGCCGCCAUAUCGUAGCCACCCGGGCCGUCGGCGCGGCGGCGGCAGGCAGCUUCCUAGCGGCAGUGCAUCACGCAGCACAGCAACAUCAGCAAUUGGCAGCUGCCGCGGCCGCAGCUGCCGCGGCGGCCGCAGCCGCGGCCGUCACAACAAACGGCGCGCCCAGCUACAUCGAUGCUGCAGCCGCUGACGGCGGCGCUGCGGGGGCGACGCAGACAGCGGCUGAGCAGCUGCCCUUCCUAGAGUGGGGUUUUACCAGCGAGGCGGCGGCAGCGGCCGCCAUGGAGGCUGUGGAAGAGGGCGGCAGUGAGGGCGACGGGCCGCUGAGCGACGCGGAGAGGGAAAUCGGUGGUGGCCAAGCGCACGCUGGCGCAUCGCCUCCGGAGCAACGCGCAGCGGCGGCAAGGGGCCAUAUGGAGAUGGAGACGACCGCCACAGCAACAGCUGCAGCCGGCCUGGAAGCCCAUGUUAUGGGAAGCCAUGCGGGGCGGGGAAGCGGCGACACGGCCAUGUUGCGUACAGCAGCAGUGCUGGAUGAUGUCCGAGCAGGGCCAUCAAUCGCUGCAAUCCCGUACCACACCCUUUACGACGGCUCUACGUGGCAGCUCCAUCAACAUCAACACCAUCAGGGUCAGAGCCAAUGGCAAGGACAGGGACAAGGGCAGCACCACGGGAGCCAGCAGGCUCAUGCACUACUGCUGCAACCAGCUGCCACACACCACCGGCGGUUCGUGAAGGCAGUCCGGACUUCCACCGGCGGAGGCGGAGGCGCUCGCCAUGCUGGCGACGGUGCUGGCAGCGCCGCGGCAGCAGCAACCACGACGGCGACGCAUGGCUCCGUCAGCUGCGGGAACCCUGGCGGCGGCGGCGGUGGCGCGAUGCAGCAGGCAGUUGCGUGUUGGCGUACUCGUAUCCACACGUCAGCGGGGGGGAUGUGGAAGCGGGAGGUGGUAGAGGAGGUGGAGGUGGGUUUGGGGCCCAUGGGUUCCGGCAUGGGUCUAAAGCCGCUGUACCACGGCGCGAAAGCAGACGAUGGCACCUUCGCAGGCUGCAGCGCCGCCUCCUACCCGCCGACCGCCGAUGGGCUAAAUGGCAUGGUAUGGCACGGCCGCAACGCGACUGGCAGCGGUACUGGGUUCCGGGAGGGCGGCAGUGCUGGCACAAGCGCUCCGCUGGCAGCAGGGGGAGGGGCCGGCACGGACACUACGCUGUUUCCCCCGCCUCGCAAGCAGCUCCGCUGCGGCGACCGCAGCGUGGUUAGCUUGGGCGGUAGCGCCGGUGGAAGUGACAUGUAUGGCUCCCCGCCGCCGCCGCCGCUGCCGCGAGGCGCUGCCGCGCCUCAGGACGUUGUUGGGAUGUCUCAGGCUAGCAGCGGUCCCGGUGCCGGCGGCAUCGGUUACCCGCCACCCGCUCGUCGCCAUCCGCACUCGCACGGCGGCCACCCACCAUCGUCCACCACGUCGUUGGGCCACCACCCUCAGGUCGGCUACGUUCCGCGCGCAAAGGCCGCAGCUUCGUUCAGCGGCUGCAGCGUCAGCACUAGCGGACCGGCGGCGAUAACUCUGAGUGACGGGGGCGCAAUGUACAGCUCGCCGAUGACGUCGCAGCAGGCCCCGCCGCCGCCGCCACCGCCACAAACUUUCCGGGGCGUAAACACGGGCAACAGCUACGCAGGCCUGGGGUCUACAUGGCCGCCGCCGCAACCACACUCCGCGCCUCCACCUCCGCCCCACCAUCCCCAGAUGUUUAUGCCUUACCACUUGUACGGCUACCGCCACGUUUUAUUGGGCUACCCUCCAAUGCCUCCUUCCUAUGGAUACCCGCACGGCAGCCAACCGCCCUUGCCGCCGUACCAUGUCACACAGCCGUACCACCCGUACAGUGUCCAUAUGUCAUCAUCGUACGGACAUUACUAUAACCAGCCUCAUCACCUCUUAUCGGAUAUCGGCGCCGCCGCCGCAGCGGCCCCGGAUGUCCGACCGCUGGAGCGUCCAGUGCCGAGCACCGUGGAGGACCCGGACCGGCCACUACGGCUGCACCACGAAGCCCCGCAGAUGCGCCCUCUUGUCGAGGGUGUCACGGCGCCGCCCUAUGCUGCGCCCGGUGGGCUGCCCGGUCCCGGCCCUCAGUCCCACCAGCUGCAGCCUCUCCAGUUGGCGGAGCUUCCCCCGCAUCCGUCGACGGGAUCUCUGGCGGCGGUCGCUGGCGGCGAUGGCGGCGGUAUGGACACCAGCUACGGACAGCAACGGCAGCCGCCACCGCCGCCGCAGCCAUCGACACAGCACGAGCGGAGCGAGGCGGCCGGCAUGGCUCCCGCUGUCGCAGCGUCCGCAGCGCAGGCGAUGGAGGUAGCGGCUGCCCAGCUGUGUCACCAUCAGCAGCCGCCAAUGCAGCCGCAGCGCGAGGAGCAGCUAUUCAGAAACGGCGGGUCUGAUCAAGGCGGCAACGCGGGUGCGGCUGCUAACCCUGCUGGACCACCGUCCAGGUUGUUGCACGCAGAAAACCAGACUCCCAAUGCCGCUGUCGUGGCGGCAACGGCCGCCGCCGAAAACGUCGGUGCGGCCGGCACCGGUGACCAGCACAUGAGCGAUGCCGUCGAUGCGAGUGGGGAUGACGUCAGCGUCUUCGCGGCCGUCAGCGACGGCGGCGGAACUGACGGCACCGCCAGCGUGUACUACAAGACGCCCAAGACAUCCUCCGGCAAGGCCCUGACGCCGCUGGGGCCCUCGGACGCCCUCCUCCAAUCCGCCUUCGUCAACCAAUCUCAUCCACAUCCCAACUACCAGCAUUUCCAGCGCCACAACGUACUGCCAGACGGCUCGAUCGCGCCCAUCGGCGGACCCAUCUCCUCCGCCAUUGCCGCCGCCGCCAGCAGCGGCGGCGGCGCCUCUGCGCCGCCGUUGUACGACAGUUACCAGGCUACCAAGGCACGCGCCGCACCGCGGCCGAUGACGAUCCAUGUAAUGCAGGAGGAGCUGGCGAUGAUGCCGCUCCAGCUCCACGGCCAUUCCCACUUGGCGGCCCUGGGAGGGGGCAGUGGCUGUGGGAGCGGCUCCCUGGGCGACUUGGCGGCUCUGCACAGCCCCACUGGCAGCCUCAACUUGGGCAUGUUGGAUCCGGGGUUGGAGGAGGGCGGAGAGGCGGUGGGCAUGUGGGGGCCCUGCACCUGA